GUAGUAGUAUAAAUGUUUUGGUGGAUAUAAGUUGUGAGUGUACAAGUUCACAUUCGCCAAGGUUUGAAAUCUCGUGUCGCGCUUUGUUCUUCCAGCGUCCCCGGGUUCCACUGUGCCGAUGACUUUUCUUCUGAGCAAGGGGUCGUCAUCCACCGUGUGCCUCCGUUUCACCUCCAUGAACCGAGGCAGGCUUUGGCGAUCCUGGAACUUCUUCUUCCGCCACUGGACUUGACCCUCUUUCACUCUCUUCUUCUCUUCAAUUCGUUCGCGUUUCUACAUUCCCAAGCGCUUAGUAUUUCCAUUUUAAUUUUUAUUCUUUAUUGUUAUUAUUGUUAUUAUUAUUAUUAUUAUUAUUUAUUUGGAUUUGGAUGGCCGAAAGAUAUCCGGUUCCGGGGUUUCGGUUUUUUCCCACUGACGUUGAGCUGGUUCAGUUUUAUCUGAAAUGGAAAGUCAUGGGUAAGAAAAUGCCUAUGGAAGUAAUGGCUGAACUUGACUUGUACAAGUAUGCUCCAUGGGAUCUCCCAGACAUGUCUUUGCUCAAGACUGGGGAUUUGGUGUGGUUCUUCUUUUGCCCUAAGGGAAAGAAGUAUUUGUCUGGAGAGAGGUUGAAUAGGGCCACGGAGAUUGGAUACUGGAAGACUACCGGGAAGGAUAGAGAAAUUGAACACAAUAAUCGAGUUGUGGGGAUGAUUAAAACACUGGUUUUUCACACAGGGAAAGCCCCUAAAGGAGAUAGAACUGAUUGGGUUAUGCAUGAGUUUAGAAUUGUUGACAAGGAAUUGGCGGACAAAGGGGUUUCACUGGACUCCUGUGUGAUUUGUAAGGUGUUCCAAAAGGAAGGUCUUGGUCCCAGGAAUGGUGCACAGUAUGGUAAACCAUUUAACGAGAAAGACUGGGAUACAGAAAAGGAAAUUGAUCCUGUACAAUCUGCUGCUGUGUCUGCACCUGUUUUUAUACAACCUAAUGCAAGUCAUAUUUCUGCCCAAAACAAUGAUGUUGGUUCUGUAUCAGAAUUGAUGGCCUGUUCCUCUUCCUCGGCUCAUCCUUCCGCCCCAAACAAUGAAGUUGGAUCUGUAUCAGAGUUGAUGACCUCGUGCUCAGCACAUCCUUCCGCCCCAAACAAUGAAGUUGGAACUGUAUCAGAGUUGAUGACCUCUUGCUCAGCACAUCCUUCCACCCCAAACAAUGAAGUUGGAUCUGUAUCAGAGAUGAUGACCUCUUGCUCGGCACAUCCUUCCACCCCAAACAUUGAAGUUGGAUCUGUAUCAGAGAUGAUGACCUCUUGCUCGGCACAUCCUUCCACCCCAAACAAUGAAGUUGGAUCUGUAUCAGAGAUGAUGACCUCUUGCUCGGCACAUCCUUCCACCCCAAACAUUGAAGUUGGAUCUGUAUCAGAGAUGAUGACCUCUUGCUCGGCACAUCCUUCCACCCCAAACAUUGAAGUUGGAUCUGUAUCAGAGUUGAUGACCUCUUGCUCGGCAUAUCCUUCCACCCCAAACAAUAAAGUUGGCUCUGUAUCAGAAUUGAUGGCCUCUUGCUUGGCACAUCCUUCUGCCCCAAACAAUGAAGUUGGAUCUGUAUCAAAGUUGAUGACCUCGUGCUCUGCACAACCUUUCGCCUCAAACAGUGAAGUUGGAUAUGUAUCAGAGUUGAUGCCCUCUUGCUCAGAACAUCCUUUGGAUCCUAACAAUCAAGUUGAUGAUGACGUUAUAUCUUUGCUUGAUUGGUUCACAGAGGGUGACAUAUCAGCCAUGAAUGAAAACAAUGGAAUUAAGAAGGUUGAUGAUCCGGAUCAGGCAAACGAUGCUGAAUGCGCACCAUGUUCAGAUCCAAAUGAGAUUUUUGAGAACUUAGGAGACCUUGACAGCUUCUUUGGAUUGGGUGAAGGCAGUCUUUCCAGUGGCCAGAAAAAUAAAUAUACUACUACAAGCGAAGUGCUUUCUGUAGGUGGUGAUAUAUUCAGCUCUUGUGACCCCGUGGGCUACUUGGAGUUGUUUGACCUAGAGGAACUACAGCUCUUGCAGAAUAAACACGGAAGUUGUAGCCAAGAUAAGGAGGGUUAGAAAAUUGAAGGAAUUAUCAUAGAAAAUUGAUAGAACUGCAGAAGCUAUAAUGGAUUAGAAAAAACUAUAGAUUCUCUUCCUGUUUUUCAUCUAUAAAAACUACCAUGGCACCAGUUGUGUAUUUCAUCAAUUUCUGGAAUUAUUUUGCCUUGAAGAUUAAGUAAUGGUUUAAUUAUUUUGCCUUUUA